CAACCCCCCCCCCGGGCCAGGCAUCUCCACCACAUCUCUUUCUUCUCCUUCAUCAGUCUUCCCCUGUUCGGGUCUGCCUUUAUCCCACUCUACUCUUCACCACCUUAACCUACACCAACACUCCACUAGCACAUCAUGGACGAGGAGUACGACGUCGUUGUUCUCGGCACUGGCCUCACCGAGUGCAUUCUCUCGGGCCUCCUCUCGGUCGACGGCAAGAAGGUCCUUCACAUGGACCGCAACGACUACUACGGUGGCGAGAUUGAACGCUGUCUCAUUCACCCUUGCCUCACUCGUACUGACGUCCUGCCCCAGCUGUACCAAAAGUUCCGUGGUACGCCACCUCCUGAGGAGCUCCAGCUCGGACGUGACCGUGACUACGCCGUCGACCUCAUCCCCAAGUUCAUUCUUGCCUCGGGCGAGCUCACCAAGAUUCUCGUCCACACCGAGGUCACUCGCUACCUCGACUUCAAGCAGAUUGCCGGCUCGUACGUCUACCGUGACGGCAAGAUCUCCAAGGUCCCUUCCAACGAGUCCGAGGCCAUUCGCAGCCCUCUGAUGGGUCUCUUUGAGAAGAACCGCGCUCGCAAGUUCUUCCUCUACCUCCAGCAGUGGAAGGAGGAUGACCCGGCCACCUUCCAGGGUUUCGAUGCCAACACACAGACCAUGAAGGAGCUCUACACCAAGUUUGGUCUCGAGCCCGGAACUCAGGACUUUAUCGGCCACGCCAUGGCCCUCUGGUUCGAUGACGACUACAUUCAGCGCCCCGCCAAGGAGACCAUGGAGCGCAUCAUCCUCUACUCGCAGUCGAUGGCUCGCUACGGCAAGUCGCCCUACAUCUACCCUCUCUACGGUCUCGGCGAGCUUCCUCAGGCCUUUGCCCGUCUCUCGGCCAUCUACGGCGGUACAUACAUGCUCGACAAGAAGAUCACGUCUAUCAACGUUGACGAGUCGGGCAAGUUCACCGGCGUCACCUCGGACGGCGAGACUGUCAAGGCCAAGAAGGUCAUUGGUGACCCUAGCUACUUUGGUGCUGGCGAGGACCCUGUUGAGGGUGGCAAGGUCAGGGUACUUGAGACGCGCAAGGUCGUUCGUGCCAUCUGCAUCCUCAAGCACCCCAUCCCUGGCACCGACAACGCCGACUCGGCCCAGAUCAUCAUCCCCCAGAACCAGGUUGGCCGCAAGAACGACAUUUACAUCGCCUCGGUCAGCGCUGCCCACUCGGUUGCCGCCAAGGACGUCUGGCUGGCCAUUGUGUCGACCAUUGUUGAGACCUCUGUCCCCGAAAGAGAACUCCUCCCCGGUCUCCAGCUCCUCGGUACCAUUGUCGACAAGUUUGUCUCGAUCACUCCCCUCUACGAGCCUACCUCGGACGGCCUCGCCGACAACGUCUUCAUCUCCAAGAGCUUUGACCCCACUUCGCACUUCGACUCGGUUGUCACCGACGUCAACGACCUCUACCAGCGUGUCACCGGUGGCCCUCUUGAGCUCAAGAAGCGUGACACUGAGCUUGAGUCGAGCUAAACGUGAACAUUUGGUAGUGCGUACUUUUACUACUGGGCCUAUGUACAGAUUGCUUUCGGA